AACAGUUAUCUCCUUGAACCUCGUACUCCUGCCCCUGGUCAGGACUCGCGAUCAAAUCACUGCUCCCCUCUUGCUUCCUUAACCUUCGCAGCAAGCAAGCCAGGAGCUUCAAGCUAGAUCGCGGGCAAGCUCCUCGUCCUCGCCUCCCUCACCUCCCCAGUCCGGGAAGGAGCCGCCUCUUCCGGCGCCUGGGAAACCCAGUUCUCGCCGCCGAUCCGUGACGCGACUUUCGCGGGGCUCUUCUCCCCUUGGCUCCUCGGGCGGCGGGAUGAACAGCCACGCGGCCGGAACCAGCAACGGCGGAUCCGGGGAUGCGGGCGGCGCUGGCGCCGGCGCGGCCAGGAGGAACACCAGGAUGCCCAAGUAUUCCAAGUUCACACAGCAGGAGCUGCCGGCUUGUAAGCCAAUUCUUACUCCGAAAUGGGUUGUCUCAGUGUUUUUCAUCGUCGGGGUCAUCUUUGUUCCCAUCGGUGUUGUUUCACUGCUAGCUGCACGAGAUGUUGUUGAGAUUAUCGAUCGGUACGAUGAGGCAUGUGUGCCAGGCAACAUGACUGAGAACAAGCUUGCUUACAUCCAGAAUUCGAGCAUACCCAAAGACUGCACAAGGACUCUUAUGGUUACAAAGGAUAUGAAGCAGCCAAUUUUUGUUUACUAUCAACUCGACAACUUCUACCAGAACCAUAGGAGGUAUGUAAAGAGCCGAAACGAUGCACAGCUAAGAGAUCCUAGUAAAGCUAACAAGACAUCCGCUUGUGAACCUGAGAAGACCACGGCUGAUGGAAAGCCAAUUGUUCCUUGUGGUCUCAUUGCUUGGAGCUUGUUUAAUGAUACAUAUAUUUUCGCUCGUGGUAAUGAGAACUUGACAGUGGACAAGAAGCACAUCUCCUGGAAGAGUGAUAGGGAGCACAAAUUUGGCAAAGAUGUCUAUCCGAGCAACUUCCAGAAUGGUUCACUUAUAGGUGGAGCAAAGCUUGACCCAAACAUCUCGCUGAGCGAGCAAGAGGACCUCAUCGUUUGGAUGCGGACUGCUGCACUUCCUACAUUCAGAAAGUUGUAUGGGAGGAUAUACGUUGAUCUCAAGGAGAAUGACAAUAUAACAGUGAGGUUGAGUAACAACUACAAUACAUAUAGCUUUGGCGGCAAGAAAAAGCUGGUCCUCUCCACUGCAACUUGGCUUGGAGGGAAGAACGAUUUUCUUGGCUACACAUACCUUAUAGUUGGUGGACUCUGCAUUUUCCUGGCAUUUGCAUUCACCUUGCUAUACUUCAUAAAACCAAGGAAAUUGGGAGACCACAACUACCUGUCCUGGAACAGACACCCUGCAGGACGCUAAGAUUUUUUCGGACCCCAUAACAUGUAAAAUGGCGCAACUACUUGAAACGUAUCAUGUAUGAUUGAAAUACCUGAAAUUGCCGUUGGGCGUAAGCAGGUCUAUGGUUCAGGCUAGAACUUCAUGUACAUUCUUUGCAAAGGGAUCUACGUGUCUACAUCAUUUUUGUUCUUUGUUUCCUGUGUUCUUUAGAGCUGCAUAUAGCAGUGAUGUUGAGGAUACCUAUUGAUUCCCAAUACCCUCUGUAAUAUUUCAUUUACCAUGUGAUGGUCAGAUAGUGCAUACUUCGGCUACCAAAGAUCUGACUUCUGACGAUCUGUGUGGUAUCAGAUUAAUGUUGUAGGUUGAUUGUAAUAUCCUCAUGAAUACCAAGUUAUGUACAAAUUAAUAGUAACUGUGAGGUCAAAAGCUUAUGUUUUCA